GCGCGGCGCCUCAAGAUGCAGGCCAGCGACCAUCCAGGCCGCCUACCAUGGAGAAUCGAGCUGCAUCCCCGACGCGUCGGCGAAGCGGCGCGAUCGGAAGCCCGAGGUUCGCCGUCCCGACGCCGCCGAUGCGCCGCCGCGGCAGUGUCGCUGGGGCCCAUCUUCCGACACCACCCACUCCAGGCCAUGUGGGCGGCCUCCAGAUCUACGAGCACCAUCAGGCCUACGAGCAGCUCCGGGGCGACAGUUCCAGCCCCCCUGGCCGACGAGCCGCUCCUGGCCGGCGGUGGCAGCUUCCACGAGUUCAAGGGAGGAGGGCAUGCCCGAGGGCCGCGCGAGAGCCGCGCAGGCCUGAGACCUCAUUCCGUUCUGGAGGUCGCGCGCGGCCCGAGCAAAGCGAUCUUCGAGCUCGUGUGA